AUGAAACCCAAUCCGCCAGUUGUUCUGCUCCUCCUCGCCCUCGCAGCGAUAUGCGAUCGGAGUUGGGCCAUCUAUAAUUAUAAGCCACCUUCCCGCGGUUACUUCUAUCCGAAGCCAGCGCGAUUGCCACCUCUGCCAGUCAAUGGAUCUACGACUUCGACUUCGACUUCCAAUUCCGGCCCACCGCCCGGAGUGCAAUCGGAUUUCAUUGAUGAUCUGAUUGAGGGCCAUAAGCAGCAAAUCUUAUCGAACGUCUUGGGCGUGUCGAGUGAAACUCCCUCGGAUUCGAUCUCCUCCCCGGCGUCAUCCUCCUCCCCGAUUUUCCCCCUCGAGGGCGGUGGUGCCAAGGCGUUUCGCGUUAAUCGCUGUGCCAGCUGCACCUGCGGCGUUCCCAAUGUGAAUCGCAUUGUGGGCGGCACCCAAGUGCGGACGAAUAAAUAUCCGUGGAUCGCGCAGAUCAUCCGCGGCACCUUCCUGUUCUGCGGCGGAACUUUGAUCAACGAUCGCUAUGUCCUGACCGCCGCCCACUGCGUCCACGGCAUGGACAUGCGGGGCGUGUCCGUGCGUCUGCUGCAGCUGGACAGGAGCUCCACCCACCUGGGAGUCACCCGGUCGGUGGCCUUCGCCCAUGCCCACGUGGGCUACGACCCGGUGAGCCUGGUCCACGACAUUGCCCUCCUGCGUCUGGACCAGCCCAUUCCGCUGGUGGACACCAUGCGACCCGUCUGCCUGCCCAGCAACUGGCUGCAGAACUUCGACUUCCAGAAGGCCAUCGUGGCGGGCUGGGGCCUCAGCCAGGAGGGCGGCUCCACCUCGAGUGUCCUGCAGGAGGUGGUGGUGCCCAUCAUCACCAACGCCCAGUGCCGGGCCACCUCGUACCGCUCCAUGAUCGUGGACACCAUGCUGUGCGCGGGCCUGGUCCAAACCGGAGGUCGGGAUGCCUGUCAGGGCGAUAGCGGAGGUCCCUUGAUCGUCAGGGAUCGCAUUUUCCGGCAGGCAGGAGUGGUAUCUUUUGGCUACGGAUGUGCCAAGCCCGAUGCUCCUGGAGUCUACACCCGAGUCUCUCGUUACUUGGAAUGGAUAGCAGUCAACACAAGGGAUGCUUGCUAUUGCGUUAAUUAGUUU